UUUCCCCCAGAAUGGCACUAAGAAGUUCUGGGAUUUUAUGAGGACACAUGACAGCAGCACAAGUAAAGACUGACUUCCUUGCUGCAUGGUAGUGAACCAAAAGAUUGCAUGCUGGGUUCCUUUGGGACCCCAGUGUUCUGUCUCAUUUCAAAUUAGUGUGUCAAUCCUGAUCUUUAAUACUUCUCGGCAGUGCUUUGUUGUGGUGAAGCAGUUCCGCCCAGCUGUUUACAUGUGUGAAGUAGAAAGGCAUCAUCCUGAAGUCUUCCAGAAUCAGAACAAGGAGAGCUUCCCUUCCCUGGAGAAUCCCUUACCUGCUGUGGUUGGAGUGACCUAUGAGCUCUGUGCUGGCAUUGUGGACAAGCCAGGCCUUUCUUUAGAAGAAAUUGCUUGUGAGGAAAUCUUGGAAGAGUGUGGCUAUCGUGUUUCCACUGCAGACCUCAGGAGGAUCACUUCUUACAGGUCUGGAGUUGGUGUGACGGGUUCUAGGCAGACAUUGUUUUAUGCAGAAGUAAACGACCAGAUGAGAAGCAGUGGAGGAGGUGGCCAGCCUGAAGAAGGAGAGCUGAUUGAAGUUGUGGAAAUACCUUUAGGAGAAUCCAUGAAGUUUGCUUAUGAUGAGACUUUCCCGAAGACAAUGGGCGUCAUCUUCAGCUUCAUGUGGUUCCACAACAACAUAGCACCUAAACUACCCAAAAAGUAAAGCAGCAUGAUUUUAAGGAAAGCUUUUCUGCUGGUGCUGUGCAUGCAGAAAGCUGAAAAUCUGCCUGCCUCAAUCAACUAAACUUCUCACAAGACAAAUCUUUCUUUAAAUAAAUUUGGAAGUAAAAUCCAAAUUAAAAUCUAAACAAAAUUUCCAUUAUUAGUAAAAUACUUACUGGCAUCGCUGGGGCCAGGAUUUGACUUGGAGAGACAAAUGUGGAUUUUUGUGCAAAGGUUAUGUGUCCAGUUCUCCUUUUUCACAGCACUGUUUUGAAGAGCUGUCCAAGCUCUCAGCACAGCUGCCUCAGGAGCCUCUCACCAUGUCUGUACAUACUGGUUAAUUGUAUUCAUUGUUGGUUUUGAUAUUUUUGAUGAAGAAAGCAGCAAACCUUAAUAGUCACAGGUACCUUAACAAUGUUCCUGAGUUCAGCACAGUGUUCAGGGAGCAGCUUUCUCUGCGGUGUGUGACUCCUGUGCAGAGGAGACGUUUGCAUUUCUGAGCCUGCAAACCUUUAUUUCAUAAGCAAACAGGUCUGUAAAUCCUUCUGCUAAUGUGUCACUGUGACAAUGGAGCAGCUGUAAGAUUAUGUGCUCCUGUUUGUUCCCAUCACAAUGCUGGGCAGCAGUGAUGGUGAUGGAGGGGUGAAGGAUGGGGGCUUCUGCUGGAACACAUGCUUCUUUGUUUGCUUUAUGGGCAAUACUUGAUAAAUUAGAUCAAACUUUGUCCUCUAGAGCAGGACCAGAGAGGCCAAAUUAUUUUAAUUUGACUAUGAGGUAACUAACACAAGUAAUUUCUCUGAGGUUUUCUGUGGUCUCAAUUUCCUUGUGACCCAAAUGGGAGGAAUGGGACUUACCUCUCAGAUAACACUUCUUGGAAUCUAAUGAUGGGAAGUGCUUUAUUGUGAUUUUAUCAUGAUUUGUGUAGUUUACAUGGAAGCCUGUGCCACCUGCACAGAUGUACUGAGGAACACAAUUUGAUUUAAUAAAGUGGUCUAAUUAGAACAUAUAGCACUUGUUCUAUCAGUGGAGUUUGGAUGUGAACUGUUUGUCAUGUGAAACUGUUAAGAGCAUGAAUGAAAGAGAAUCAAGUCUGGCAAUUUAAUUAUGCACUGGGUUAUGUUAUUCACUGACUUAAUCAACAUGCCUCCAGGAGUAUUGAGGUGCUAAGUGUGUUUAGAAGAGGACUGCAAAUAUGCAAACUUAACAGCUGAAAUAAAUGCAGCAGAGGUGUCUGAUGGGGUCCAGUGGCUGAUUUUGAAUCACUACAUAUCUCAAUAGGUGUAUAAGUAAAAAAGUUUUUUUAAAAAAAAGCUUUUAGAAUUGCUGCUUGCUGGUUCUUCUCCUGAUAGGGAGGAAAGGUCCUUGGAAAGCCACUGAAGAAGGAACAGCCUCUCUCAGUGGAGUCAGACUUUUUGUGAAAGUUUCAGACACAGCUGUGUUGAGCUGGGCCUGGUCCAUAGUGAGUCAAGGGGUGAGUUAUUGUGAGAAGCAAAUAAAUUCUGUCUGUCUGAUGUAUUUACAUUGGAAGGUGUUUCAAGGUGGGGUCUCUGCUGCUCUGUCUAGCACAGUGUGUCCUGAUAGCUGCUGAGGCCUUUAUGAACUACUACAGUCCAUAGAAUAAAUAAUGUCUUUUAUUCC